AUGGCCGGCAAAGGCCCUCUUAGGCGAAUCACGGACCUCGACGAGCUCGGCCCCGGCGCGACGCGACUCACGGCCGAAGUAAUUUACGGCGACGCGUUGCGGACGUUCGUGAGCGAUGUGGAGCGGCUGGUGGGCACGGCCGGCGAGGGAGUAGCGGUGGCGCCACCGGCGGCGACGGCAGCGGCUGCGGCGGCGGGAGGAGGAGGAAGCGCAGCACGGGAGGCGUUCGCGCCGCUGUCCGGCGGGAGGCUGUCGUCCGACGUCACUCCGACAGACGCGCUCGCGCUGGUGGCUGUGGAGCUCGAUGCGCGGGAGUCGCCCUUGUUCAUGGAGCUUCACAAUAAGCUGCGCCUCGCGCCACGUCCCCUAGUCAAGCAGCUGCGCCGGCUCUCCCCGAGCGCCGUGCGCCUCCUCGCCGCUCUUCUCCGCGUCCCCGCGUCCCUCCCCGCGCACCUUGCGACUCUCCUCCACGACUCCCCCAGCCCCGCGGAAGCCGCCGCCGCCGCAUCAUCUCCCACUCAGAUUCUCACACGCGCUUCCGCCGCCUUGGACCAUCCAGUAACCGCACGACCCACCGCGAGCCCGGUCCCACCAACAGCGGCAGCGGAAGACUCCGCGGAAGCCGCGCGGGAGCAGCGCGCGAGUCGUACGCGCGCGGGGAGCAGCAGCAGCAGCGGGUCGAGCGGCCGCGGCGCCGCGGCCAUAGUGGCUUCUGACAAGGAACGGGACAAGGCGGAAAAGUUCUCGCUGAUAUCGCGUAUCGUAGCGUCACCGGUAUGGAUCAACGCAGCAAGCAGCCGCCGCAACCGCCGCAACCAGGGCGCCAGCGGGAAGAGUCCCGCUUGCGGCACCAUCCCCCCCGUCGCCCAUGGUAACACCUCCAGCAACCUCAAGACUCCCAGUCACCGCAGCGUUACCAACGGCCCCGGAACGACGAGUCACGGGCUGGAGCUUGCGCACGCUGACUGCGCCGCCGUUGCCCAUGCUAGUAACACCUCCAGUAAUCUCAAGUCUCCCAGUAACCGCAGCGAUACCAACAGCCCCGCCUCGAAGGGUCACGGGCUGGAGCUUGCGCUGGUUGACGGCGCCGCGACUGACGGUGACGGGGUGGAGGGGCAAGAGAUUGACGGGACUGCGCGGCGGGAGCAGGACGGGGGAAGCGGGAACGAAGGAAAGAUACGUUCGAAGCGCACGUGGAGGGAAGGAGAGGCUGCGGGAACGCAGGUGGCAGUUCCGCCCUGUGGUGGUGCUACUGGCGGUGCCGGCACGCGAUGCACGCGCAAGCGGCAGAAGCGCGUGAAGCUCGCGAUCGUGCCGCUGCUCUCACAAUCGCCGGCGAAAGCGGCGAAGGCGGAGGAACUCGAGGAAAAUGUCGCAAUCGCGAUGGAAGCGUGCGGUGGUGUGGUUGACGUGGGGUUGAGCGCACCAGCGGUAAUCGAACAGGAGGUGAUAGAACUUGAAACAGCAGACGACGCUUCUACUAUCGAACCUGCUAUUCUCACCGCGGCGGAAGGAAGCGCGGAGGGAAGCGCGGAAGGAAGAACGGAAGCAGCGUCGGCACAGGCGGUGGUGGCGGCAGCGGCGCAUGAAACCGAGGGCCGCGCGAGUACCGGGGAAGCAGAGGCGCGCGGGAAAGCGUGGGAAGGCGCGCGAGAAGGCGCCCGGGGAACGUCGCUCAGUGCCCCUGCUGAAGACGCGCGGAAGGACGGAGAUGAAUUCGCGGCUGGGGGGACUUGCGCGGAGAGUGUGCGCGCAGAGGAGGCGGAGAAGGAGCGAGAGCAGGCGGAAGAUGCGAGAGAAGGCGUUGCGGAGGCGGAGGGUAACGGGGAGUCUCCGCAGGCGUGCGCGGACGGGAUGGCGGGAGAUGAGGGGGCGAUUGGCGCGCACGCGCACGAAAGUGACAGGCGCGAUCUCGGAGGCAUGGCGGAAAGGGAAGUAAUGGAGGAGGGGGGAGAGAUGGCGGAGGGGGUAUUGGCGGCGGAGGGGGAAGUGGUGGCGGCGGGGGUUGGGGACGGUAACGAGGAGCGCGUGCAAGGGAUAGCUGUGAGAGAGAUGGCGGGUGAAGGGGAGGGGGACGCGGAGAUAGGAGAGCGGAAACGAGGAAUGACGGAAGGAGAUUGCGCCCAUGCAGGCGUUGGCGGAAGCACAGGCGGGGAAGGCGGAGGUUUUGGGGGAAACUGCAAGGGCAGGGGGGGAGCGCACGGGGCUAUUGCCGCGGAUGCGGAAAAUGGAGAGGGCGCUGCGCAAGAGCAAGGGAGUGCAGAUGGGGUUUGCGAGAAUGAGGAGGAAGGGAGCAGAGGGGAUGUGCGCCUGCAAGGGGGAGAAAAAGCAGAGGCCAUGGACGAUAAGGGGGUGUUGGAUGCGGUGGAGAGGCGUACGGGGGAGCGGAGUGACAGAACAGGCGAGGAAACGGGGAGGGAUAGAGCUGUAGAGGAAAGAGAGGGGGUGAUGGGGGAAAGGGGAGGUGUGGGGGAGAGUGGGAGCGGGUGUGGACAUGCGAGGAAGGCAGAGGACGAUGAGUCAAGUGGGUGUGAGUCCAGUGGCGACGGAAGCGAAACCAAGGGUGAAGGAGUGAGUGGUAAGAGGAGGGACGGUGGUUGUGAAGGGGUGGGUGGUGAGAGGAGGGACAGUGGCUGUGAGGGAGUGAAUGAGAGUGAGAGCGAGGGUGAGACAGCUUGUUCGGGGCUUGGUGGCGACAAGGGGAGUGAGGAGAAGGUGGUAGCUUUUAAGGGGCCGUCGAGUGCAAGGGCUUCUGAAGAAGGUGCUUCUGAGGAAGGGUUAUGUGGGGAAGGUGCAUCUGGCACUGCUGGUACUGAUGAAGGUAUUCCAGGUUCAGCCACGUUUGGCGAUUCUGAUUCGGACGAAUCUUUCUUCAGUGCUCCUGAAACACCUGAAGUGUUGGAAGCACCUGAGGAGCUGAAAGCACGUGAAGUGCUGAAAGCACCUGACGUGCUGAAAGCACCUGAAGUGCCUGGAGCACCUGAAUUGCUGAAAGCACCUGAAGUGGUGAGAGCACCUGAAGUGCUGGGAGCACCUGAAUUGCUGAAAACACCUGACGUGCUGACAGUACAUGAAGUGCUAGGAGCACCUGAAUUGCUGAAAGCACCUGAAAUGCUGACAGCACCUGAAGUGCUGGGAGCACCUGAAUUGCUGAAAGCACCUGAAAUGCCGACAGCACCUGAAGCGCUGGAAGCACAUGAAGUGCAGAAGGCACCACAGACAGCCUGCCUGACCAAAACUCCUGAACCAGCAGAACCAACUGAAGUGCCUGGAGCACCUGAUUAUGGCAAUGUGGGGGAAGUAAAAACUAUGGAAGCAGAGGUGGGGGGAGCAAAGGUGGUGGAAGAAAUGGUGCGGGUAUCAGUAGCAGGGGAAGCCGAGGCGGGCGAAGAAGAGGUGGGGAAAGCAGAAAUGAGGGAAGCCGAGGCGGGGGAAGCAAAGGUAGGGGAAGCAGAGACGGCGGAAGAAGAGGAGGGGGAAUCAGAGAGCGUAGAAGCAAAGGCGGGGGAAGUGGAGAUGGGGGAAGUAGAGGCAGCGGAAGUAGAGGACGGGAAAGCAGAGGCAGGGGGAGCAAAGGCUAGGGAAGUAGAGAUGGGGGGAGUAAAGGCGGCGGAAGAAGAAGAGGGGGAAGCAGAGGCGGGCGAAGGAAAGGCAGAGGUGGGGGAAGUAGAGGCGACGGAAGAAGAAGAGGGGGAAGCAGAGGGGGGAGACGCAAAGGCAGGGGAAAUAGAGAUGGGGGAAGUAGAGGCGGCUGAAGAAAAGGCGAAGGAAACAGAGGUGGGGGGGUUAAUAGCGGAGAAAGCAGAGGCGGAGGAAGCAAAAACGGGGGUAGCAAAGGGGAGGGAUACAGAGCCAGGGAAAGCAGUGGAGGGGGAAUUGGAGGCGGAAGAAGCAGAGGCGGGGGAAAUAGAGGAGGGGGAAGUGGAGGUGGGGGAAGCAGAGGCGGGGGAAAUAGAGGAGGGGAAAGAAGAGGAGGGGGAAGUGGAAGUGGGGGAAGCAGAGGCGGGGGAAAUAGAGGAGGGGGAAGAAGAGGAGGGGGAAGUGGAGGUGGGGGAAGUAGAUGUGGGGGAAGCAGUGGCGGCGGAGGAAUAUAAAUGGGAAUUAGAGGUGGGCAAAACAGAGGCGGGAAAAGCAGAAACGGGGGAAGCAGUGGAAGGGGAAACAGAGGAGGGGGGAGCAAAGGUGGGGGAAACAAAAUUGGGGGAAGAAGAGGCGGAGGAAACAGAGGAGGGGGAAGUAAAGUUUGGGGAAGCAGAGGCGGAGGAAGCAGAAAAGAGGGAAGCAGAGGCGGAGGAAGCAGAAAAGAGGGAAGCAGAGGCGGAGGAAGCAGAAAAGAGGGAAGCAGAGGUGGUGGAAACAGUUGUCGAGGAGGGGGAAGCGGAGGCGGGGGAAGCAGAGGCGGAAGAAAUAGAGGAGGGGGAAGUAGAGGAGGAGGAAGCAGGGGCGGAGGAAGCAGAAACGGGUGAAGCAGAGGAGGGGGGAGCAGAGGAGGGGGAAGCAGAGGAGGGGGAAGUAGAGGUGGGGGAAGCAGAGGAGGGGGAAGCAGAGGAGGGGGAAGCAGAGGAGGGGGAAGCAGAGGAGGGAGAAGCAGAGGAGGGGGAAGCAGAGGAGGGGGAAGCAGAGGAGGAGGAAGCAGAGGAGGGGGAAGCAGAGGUGGGGGAAGCAGAGGAGGGAGAAGUAGAGGUAGGGGAAGCAGAGGCAGAGGAAAUUGAAGAGUGGGAAGCAGAGGAAGGAGAAUCAGAAGUGGGGGAAGCAGGGGCGGAAUGGGUGGAGGUAGCAGUGCAGCAGAUGAAUGUCACACAUGCUGCAUGGCUCAAGGGCGCAUGGCUCAGAAGUAUUCCCUAUGGCCUGAAUGUGCAUGGUAGUGGUGUAUGUGGUGGCGGUAGCUGCUGCAUGUUCCACAGUGCUCCCGAACCUGCUGCUGCACCCAAACCUGUUACCUCUCAUGAGGUUACUGCCACUCCCGAACCUGCUGCUGCUCCCGAACCUGUUGCCAUUCUUAUUCCCACCCCCAAAGCUGCUGCCGCACCAAAACCUGUUACCACUCACGAGCUUAUUGCCACCCCUGAACCUGCUGCUGCUCCCGAACCCUAUUAUACUAUUCCUGAGGCUGAUACUUUUCCUCAAGAUGUUGCUCCUCCUGAAGCUGCUGCUCCUGGGUUGGUUGGGAGUGUGGCUCAACGGGAGGCAAGUGGGGUGGGGUUCAUGGAGUGGUGGGGGGAAAUGGAGGAGGAGGAGCAGCAGGUGGAGGCUUACAAGAUGGCCAUGGAGGCUGUGUGGUCAAACAAAGGACGGUCGAUGCUCGUUAGGGGGUAG